CUCUCAGUCAGCGCACCCCUGAUUCCCCACCGUUGCGGAACCAAAGUCGGUGGUGUGGAGGCAAGGUGUUCGCAUGUUUCGGAAAGGUUAAACCCGUAGCCUAGUCUAGCUAGCACCAUUGCAGAGACCAAAGAGUCCUUCCCGUUUCGCGAAACCGGUGAAUCAGUGCCGGUCGUGUUGAACCCCCGUCCUCAUCAGUCGUAGAAGUCCUGACGCGCAUUCCAUCAUGGCGGGACGCAACGACGUGUGCGGCUUAGUGGGGACUUCGUUCACCGCCAAACGGUGGCUCUCUUUGGACAUUUGCGGCUUCUUAGGCAUCACACUUAGUUGGGGUGUGCACGCUUACGCCUUGUACGUUCUGGGAGCGUACACGAUCGAAAACUCGCUGGCUUCGACCGUGGUCUUCUUUUCCCUCUAUAUUCCCAUUGCUCUACUGGCCUUGAGUAGUUUGUACAUGGCCUGGACGACAGAUCCCGGCGCCGUUCCUCUGGGAGCACGGCCCUUGACCAUUGUACGGAGGGCCAACAGUGGAGCCCUCUCCACGGCACGGAGCCAGGCCCGCGGCACCCGACGCUGUCCCAAGUGUCACGAUAACUACAAACCCCCACGUGCACACCACGACAGUGUCACGGGACGCUGUGUCGUCAAGUUUGAUCAUUUUUGUCCCUGGGUCGGCAACGCGGUAGGUGCCAUGAAUCACAAAUACUUCUGUCUUUUUCUACUCUACACUUGCUUGGCCUGCUUGACCUCCCUGCUCCUGCUGCUACUACGCGUCAUACACUGUGGUUACGUCAGGGUCAUUGAAGAGCACGAAGGCGGUGGCGCCAGCAGCAGCACCGGCCAAACCUCCUCACACGAGGAGGCACUCCCAGCGGAACCCGAAAAAUUCUUUCGACCACUGCACCGAUUUUUGGACGAAGACAACGACACGGAAUUCCUCUUUGCCGAAUGCAACGACUUUUACUCCAGUCACUGGGUGUUAGGCCUCGUCAUUGUGUCGCUCGUCUUUCUAGUCUUUACCUGCAGUAUGGGCUGCGAACAGAUGGAAGCUAUCGAAACGGGACAGAGCAAGAUUGCCCGCAUGAAAAUGCGCGUUGGUCAAACGGGCACGGAAUUUUCCCGCGUCACGGAAGGCUUCAACGAAAUGUUCGGGGGUUCGUCGCCCAGAGUGGCGUGGCACUGGUUCAAUCCGUGGCAAGGCGUGCGCUAUCCCCGCGGCAUGGAGAAGGUCGUCCUCGGGUAUGACUGGGAUGUCACCUUCACCGCAACGCCCUACCAAGAGGACGCGGUCGCUAGCGUGGAGUUGCAGGGCAUGGAAGGGGGCCGAGAAGUACAAGCCGAGGCUGCGCACGUAACCCCUCCCGACACGGCCCCGCCCAUUCCUUCUACGGUGGUCACGCAAGACGUGGAAAUGGUACGACAUACUUCCGAUAUUUCGGUCCAAAGUAAUGACGAGAACAACAGCGGCCGGGAACGAAUUAGUCGACGAAAACCUAGUCCAGUUGCCUACGACAAACAUACCAUUGUAUGAUGCAAGCAAUUUUGACGCGUCCGAUUAGUGGUCGGCGUCGCCCUUACAUAUUUGUCUGUAAUACGUUGUGCAAAAAGUUUUAGGAACAAAUUAAUAUCUGAUGCAUUAGGUGUCGCUUACUGUUAC